UUGGUCGGUUUGGCAGUACUAAUCUUGGCAGUAUGGAUGCUAUCAGAUCCCACGUUUUACUUAUCGAUGACACAAGAUGAGAGCAACUACUACAUUGGGAUUUAUAUAUUCCUGGCGGCCGGAGCACUUAUGCUGGUGGUCGCCUUUCUCGGUUGCUGCGGAGCUUUUCGAGAAAACACAUGCAUGCUUGUCUCGUUCUUCUGCUGCUUGCUAAUCAUCCUGGUAGCAGAGAUUGCUGCUGGUGCUUGGGUCUAUUACAAUGCAGAUCGCCUCGAGGGAAUGGUGCGAGCUUCCGUCAAGGCAACUGUGCAGGAGGAAUAUGGAAUCAUUCAAUCGCGGACUAUUACAUUCGAUGCCAUCCAGAAAGGG